AUGGAAGCCCGGAGCAAACGCCUGCGAGGCUUCCCGAGUGUGGGGUCGGAGCCAGGGGCUGUGCCUCCGUGCCUUAAUAAUCUGUCACGGUUUCGAGUUUUCCCCGCAAGUGUUAUCAACACAAUGCUGGUGACAUGUGCUGUUUGCUGCUACCUGUUUUGGCUGAUUGCGAUUCUGGCUCAACUGAACCCUCUCUUUGGGCCGCAGUUAAGUAAUGAGACAAUCUGGUACCUUAAAUAUCACUGGCCUUAA